AUGUCAAGCGGCAAGAAGCAUCGCCUCGAAGGCGAGGUCGAUGCUAUCCAAAAGGUCAAGAAGGUCAAGACCGACGAUCCCACUGCCGCCGAGGAUGCGCCUGUGAAAGAGAAGAAGGAAAAGAAGGAGAAAAAAGAGAAGAAGGACAAGUCUGAGAAGAAGAAGGAUAAGAAGGACAAAAGGGAAAAGAAGGAUAAGAAAGAGAAGAAGGACAAGAAACACAAGGACAAGGAGCAGUCAGAGGAGCAGAAUGGUGACGAGACUGCGGCAGCCGAUGCCAUGGACGUCGAUGUCCCGGCAGAUGCCCCCGUCGACGACCAGCCCGCUGCUAAGAAGGAGAAGAAGGACAAGAAGUCCAAGGACAAGAAGGAUAAGAAAAAGGACAGGAAACCAGACGAUGAGACCACCGCAGAAUCGCCUGUCACCAAUGGCGCAUCCUCGAAGUACCAACAAACCGCCGCCCUCACGGCUGUCCCCGAAUCCGAGGUCAAGACCUUCCUCGAGGACAACCACAUUACCAUCCACGACCAAACGAAUCCAUCCACCACCCUCCGCCCAGUCCUCAAAUUCUCCCAUCUCCCCACCUCGCGCCUCCUGUCAAAGAACCCCUUCGGAACCUUCACCACUCCGACGCCCAUCCAAGCCGCUUCCUGGCCCUUCUCCCUCUCGGGCCGCGAUGUGGUCGGCAUUGCCGAGACCGGCUCAGGCAAGACGUACGCCUUCUCGCUCCUGUGUGGAAGCCCUCUUACGCACGAGUCUACCAGCACGCUGGCCUCGCUUGUGGGUCUGAAGGCAGUGUGCAUCUAUGGUGGCGCAAGUAAAGACGACCAGCGCAAUCUCCUCCGCAAGGGCGCAGACAUCAUCGUUGCCACGCCGGGCCGGUUGAAGGAUUUCCUGUCUGAUGGCACCAUAUCACUUUCCGAGGCGGCGUUCGUGGUUCUUGACGAGGCGGAUCGUAUGCUGGACAAGGGUUUCGAGGAUGACAUCAAGCUCAUUAUUGGAGGACUGGCCGAGACUUUCAUGGUCGAUCCCGUCAAGGUGAUCAUCAACAAGAACAAGCCCGGCGGCGAGACAGGCGACGGCAACGGCAACGGGACCAUUGAGCUGCAAGCGAACAGUCGGAUUGCCCAGACAGUAGAAGUCGUGGACCCAAGGGGCAAGGAGAGGCGGUUGCUGGAGAUCCUCAAGGACGCCCAGAGGGGCAAGGCGCACAACGAUCGCAUCCUGGUGUUCUGCCUCUACAAGAAGGAAACAACCCGCGUGGAGCAGUUUCUAACGAGUCGCGGCCUCAACGUCUGCGCUAUCCACGGCGACCUGAGGCAGGAGCAGCGCACGAGGAGUCUUGAGGCGUUCAAGGCGGGAACAACGACGAUCAUGUUGGCUACUGAUGUUGCUGCAAGAGGUCUUGAUAUCCCCGAGGUGAAACUCGUGGUAAACCUAACGUUCCCUUUGACCAUUGAAGACUACGUGCACCGUAUCGGCCGAACUGGACGUGCCGGUAAGGAGGGCAAGGCCAUUACGCUUUUCACAGAGCACGACAAGUCACACUCUGGUUCCUUGAUCAAUGUGCUAAAGGCCGCCGGCCAGCCUGUUCCCGAGGAGCUUAUGAAGUUUGGCACGACCGUCAAGAAGAAGCAGCACGACGCAUACGGCGCCUUCUUCAAGAACGUUGACAUGAGCAAGAAGGCGACCAAGAUCACUUUCGACUAG